UGUACAAUUGUUUCUUGUUUACGUACGAGUAUCUAUUUUUUUUAUUGGAUUAUGAUGUCACGUGAUUGUUCGUGAUAGGCCAGAAUUCAAAUGAACUAAUACGUGAUUAUUUAGUUCAAUUAUUGUUUAAAACGGUACUGAUCCAAAAGAACCGAUUCGGUCAAAAGAUCCGUUCUGCCCAUCACUAUUCCACAGGUCUUGUAUUGCAAAAUUAAAAAAUUCUAUAUCUCCUAAAGUAUUUGGAAUUUCUUAUCUCCGCCGCUUUUAAUGAAAAGAGGAAGUUGAAGAGCAAAUGUUAAAGAGCUUGGACGAGAUGACGGAUGCUGCUGUUCCCGCCAACAUCCGCCUUAGCAAGCCACUCGACACCGGAGGGCCUGUGGGGGAGCACGACCUGAUGAGGCGUAUCAGGGAGAUCUCGCAGAAGAACAAGGUGUGGCGCAGCUACAUAGGCAUGGGCUACUACAACUGCCACGUGCCACACACCAUCAUGAGGAACAUGUUCGAGAAUCCUGGCUGGACGACGCAGUACACGCCCUACCAGCCGGAGGUGGCCCAAGGGCGCCUGGAGGGCCUGCUCAACUACCAGACCAUGGUGACGGACCUCACCGGCAUGGAGGUGGCCAACGCCUCUCUGCUCGACGAGGGCACCGCGGCCGCCGAGGCCAUGAGCCUGUGCUACAGGCACAACAAGCGCCGCCGGCUGCUGCUGUCGCACAAGCUCCACCCGCAGACGGUGUCAGUGGUGCAGACGAGGGCAGAGUCCCAGGGCCUGGUGGCGUGCGUUGGUGACGUAGCGCUGGCGGACCUCUCCGGCCGGGACGUGGCGGGCGUGCUGCUUCAGUACCCCGACACAGAGGGCUCCGUCGCAGACUACUCCGCCCUCGUUGAGGACGCUCACGCCCACGGGAGCCUGGUGUGCUUCGCCACCGACCUGCUCGCGCUGGCCGUGCUGCGGCCGCCCAGCGAAUUCGACGCAGACGUGGCAGUGGGCAGCAGCCAGCGGUUCGGUGUGCCGCUGGGCUAUGGCGGGCCCCACGCCGGCUUCUUCGCCUGCCGCCAGAGCCUGGUGCGCCUCAUGCCGGGCCGCAUCGUCGGGGCCACCAGGGACGCCAGCGGCAGGGAUGCGUACCGCCUGGCCUUGCAGACCAGGGAGCAGCACAUACGGCGCGACAAAGCCACCAGCAACAUCUGCACAGCGCAGGCCCUGCUGGCCAACAUGGCCGCCAUGUACGCGGUGUACUACGGUCCGCAGGGCCUCAAGGAGAUCGCCACGACAGUCCAUCACGCUGCUCUCAUGCUUGCUCAAGGUGUUCGAGAAAGUGGAAACACGGUCACCAACCCAGUAUUCUUCGAUACUUUAAAGAUUAUUCCCAGCAUGGAUCAAGGGGAGAUUGAGCACAGAGCUAAGCAGAAAGAAAUCAACCUACGGUAUUAUGAAGAUGGAUCAGUUGGGGUAGCUCUCGAUGAAACAGUAUCCAUUGAAGACGUUGAAGAUCUGCUGUGGGUGUUUGGUGCAUCUUCACCUCAGAGCGAGGAGACCAGUAGCGGCAGCCUCCUCACCUCCAGCCUGCGGAGAACUUCACCCUUCCUCACGCACCCUGUGUUCAACACGCACCACUCGGAGACCCGUCUCGUGCGCUACAUGAAGAGUCUGGAGAACAAGGACAUCUCCCUGGUGCACUCCAUGAUCCCACUGGGAUCAUGCACCAUGAAGCUGAACAGCACGACGGAGAUGAUGCCGUGCAGCUUCCGGGAGUUCACGGACCUGCAUCCCUUUGUGCCGCUGGACCAGGCUCUCGGCUACCACCAGCUGUUUGAGGAGCUGCAGCACGACUUGUGUGCCAUCACGGGCUACGACCGCAUAUCCUUCCAGCCCAACAGCGGAGCUCAGGGUGAGUACGCCGGCCUGAGGGCCAUCAGCGGCUACCACCAAGCACGCGGGGACGUCCACAGGAACAUAUGCCUCAUCCCAGUGUCUGCGCACGGCACCAACCCUGCCUCGGCGCAGAUGGCAGGCAUGCAGGUGGAAGCCAUCAACGUGACGCGAGAUGGCAGCAUUGACGUGGACCACUUGAAGGCGAAGGUGGAGAGGCAUAGUAACCAGUUGUCAUGCGUAAUGAUAACUUACCCAUCCACCAACGGAGUUUUCGAGGAGACGAUAGCUGACGUCUGUCAAAUGAUCCAUGACCAUGGAGGACAGGUUUACCUAGACGGAGCGAACAUGAACGCCCAAGUCGGACUGUGUCGGCCGGGGGACUACGGCUCGGACGUGUCGCACCUCAACCUGCACAAGACGUUCUGCAUCCCCCACGGAGGGGGUGGGCCCGGCAUGGGUCCCAUUGGCGUGAAAGCACACCUUGCACCAUUCUUGCCGUCACAUCCCGUGAUCAACCCGAUGGCAGAUAUGGGUCGCCAGUCAAAGUCGUUUGGAGUCGUUAGUGCAGCACCAUUUGGAUCUUCUGCCAUUUUACCAAUCUCAUGGGCUUACAUUAAGAUGAUGGGCCCCCACGGACUGAGAAAGGCUACGCAGGUGGCGAUACUGAACGCGAACUACAUGAGCUGGCGCCUGAGAAGCCACUACCCCACCCUGUACAAGUGCCUGAAGACCGGGCUGGUGGCACACGAGUUCAUCCUGGACGUCAGGGACUUCAAGAAAACUGCCAACAUAGAGGCUGUGGAUAUUGCCAAGAGGCUGAUGGAUUACGGUUUCCACGCCCCCACCAUGUCUUGGCCGGUCGCCGGCACUCUCAUGAUCGAGCCCACCGAGUCCGAGGACAAGGAGGAGUUGGACCGGUUCUGCGACGCUCUCAUCAGUAUUCGUGAGGAGAUACGAGCAAUAGAAGAAGGCAAGCUGGAUCUGCACAACAACCCGCUGAAACUGGCACCACACACACAGAUGCAGGUGAUCUCGAGCGACUGGACCAGGGCCUACUCUCGGGAGCAAGCUGCGUUUCCAGCGCCAUUUGUACGUCCAGAGAGCAAAGUGUGGCCUAGCGUAGGAAGAAUUGACGACAUAUACGGAGACAAGCACCUUGUCUGCACGUGUCCACCCAUCCUGCCAGCGUACUGAAGAAACAUAUGAAGAUUUUCUUACAAGCAUACAUCUGUACCCUGGAGGUAUAGGACACCACAACGUAAUUGGAACUUUUUAGAAGAUCAAAUCUUCGCUAGUAGUAGAAAUUGCUUCUUUCUGGCCAGCCUGAAGAAUGCACGAGGUGAGAAGAGAUGUGAUAAGAGCAGUGGUGGAAUGAGUUGGGGGGGGGGGGGGGGGGGGGGGACCGGAGCACCCCGAGAAAACCUACUUGCAACGUCCACCACGUUUACCUCUUACUAAAAACAUGUGUUCAACCCCGCCGAGAAUCAAACUUGGAUCACAUUGAUGUGUUCAAACCACUCAACCUUCGUGUGUCCACACAUGGUGCCAACUAUACUUCAUAAAAAAUUGACAUGGUUUUCUUCACCUCCGAGGUACUCAUACAUGAAUAUUUUGUAAGAAUUCAUUCUGUGUGUUCAAUGUACAUACUUUGUAUCUAACAUUUUUUUAAUAAAAUUUUAGGUAGGUACCAUCACA